AAUUCGUCCAUAGUCGAGCGCAUUAUCAUCAAUCACCCAAUUCAACACGGGAGCCCUCUAUUCAACAUCAGAAUGACUGACUUUAUCCUCACUCUCUCCUGCCCCGACCGUCCGGGUAUCGUGCACGCCGUGACCGCGUUCCUGGUCCAGCACAACCUGAACAUCAUUGACUCAUCGCAAUUCGGCGAUCCGACAUCGCACCGAUUCUUCAUGCGCACGCAUUUCUCCGCCGACAAGAAUGCCACCGAGAAGAGUAUCGACGAGCUGCGUGAGGCCUUCGAGCCCACGGCCAAGUCCCUCUCCAUGGACUUCCAGCUCGUCCCCGCCACCCAGAAGCCCCGCGUCCUGAUCAUGGUCUCUAAGAUCGGCCACUGCCUCAACGACCUCCUCUUCCGUACCUCGACCGGCCAGCUCGCCAUCGAUAUCCCCCUCAUUGUCUCCAACCACCCGGACUUUGCCAGCCUUGCGGCCACCUAUAACAUCCCUUUCAUCCAUUUGCCUGUCAACAAGGAUACCAAGCCGCAGCAGGAGGCCCGCAUCCUGGAGCUCAUCAGCGAGCACAACAUCGACCUCGUCGUCUUGGCCCGCUACAUGCAGGUCCUAUCCCCCACCCUGUGCGAGGCCAUGUCCGGACGUAUCAUCAACAUCCACCACAGUUUCUUGCCCUCGUUCAAGGGCGCCAAGCCUUACCACCAGGCCUACGACCGCGGUGUCAAGAUUAUCGGUGCCACCGCACACUUCGUCACCAGCGAUCUGGAUGAGGGCCCGAUCAUCGAGCAGAACGUCGUCCGCGUCAACCACGGCAUGAGCCCCAAGGAGCUGACCCACGCUGGAAGCAACGUCGAGAGCAACGUGCUGGCAUCCGCCGUGAAGUACUUCUCCGAGCGGAGGGUGUUGCUCAACGGACACAAGACUGUGGUGUUCAACUAGAUGUUUCAUGGAUAUAUGUGUAUAUAUAUACCUUACAAGGCUAGGAUAGACAAAAAGGGCGGAUAAAUAAAACACAACCUUCUACAGUCA